AUGUGGGCGCUGACGCCGACACUGCGGGAGCUCUUGGAAGCGCCCCACACGAAGCGCGCGCGCAAGCCCACGUUCACGCGUUCGAAAAGCUCGCCGCUGCGCAACCUCGUGGACGACCCACCGCCGCCCGAGCACGUCCCAGUUGCGAUGGUUGUGCGACCGAAAACGAGCCGUGACGUGGCAUCGCACGGCGCGGCCGUCGUGCACAUCGAUGGCAUGUGCUUUAUGAUGCACCUUGGGCUCGAUCAAGGGAUAUGA